UAUUAUUCCAUGUUUCAACCCUUUUCUGCAUUUUAUGUCUUUAUAUAAAUCUGUAUUAAUAUGUUUUUGUUCUUGUAUUUCUUCACAGGAAACAAACCUAUCGCAUGCAGCCACAAAUGCAUCAACAAGUUAUGAUAUCUUUUCAUUGUUAUCUUGAACUGUUUUUUCCUUUUUUUUUAUUUUUGGAUUGCGCAUUUUUAUGCUGUAACUAGAAAACUGAUUUGGUGUUGAUACUCAGCCUUGAAGUUAACACUUUGCGUAACCGACCUUUGUCAACUCUUAAUAAAAAAUCUGACCCAAUUUGUUAAUAAAAUGGUGCUACAGCAGCGUUGCUGCGCCUCCUCAAAACUCCUCAAUUCUCCUCAAUUUUGAAAAGUCUCUUGAUAUUUGCUAUGCUCCUUAACUUUUUUGUUUCUACGUGCGGUCAUCAAUGUUGUAAGAGCGGCUUACCAGUCUCCUCAUCUUAUACUCCUAAGACAAAGAAGAAAAAUGUUGAGGUGAAGUCAUCCGGGUACAACAUGCAAGCAGCAGAAACACCGCCGAUGUAUAAAGGCUCGUCCAUGGUUCGAUUCUGUGAUGAAAUGCAAAGAAGAAAAGUUGUUCUACCGAAUGUUCAACCGUUGAAAAAAAUUAAGGUCGAGUUAACUUUAAACCAGAAUUACUCGCCAGCGCCACCUUCAAGAACACCAAUUUUAACAGAUUACAAAUAUAUGCCAAAAAAAUUAGAAUUUGGCACCAAGGAAGCAAGUUUGAAUCAAAAUGGCGGAUUACUUUCUCAAGUGUCAAACUUCCACAACAUUCGGAAAGGAAACUGCACAAGUUCUUAUGAUCCUCAAAGCCCAUGGAGAGAUGCAGCCUCGUUUUCAGGAGGCUUCACUUGUCAUGAUAACGAAGAUGAAAUUUAUGAAUUUGACGACGACUUUUACAAAUCUGAAGGUUGUCCUUUACCUCUUCUAUCAACGAAUGACGAUGAUUCUCAUAAAACCCAACUUUAUUCUGCACCACAACCGAACAAAACGCUUAACAUGGGUGAGUGUAAAACGUACAGUGCAAUGCGUUCUUCGACAUUCCAUAAUGGUGGCGUAGCUGUCAAAUCUAAUAAUCAGUUCAUUCGACCGAACCGUUCCUUUCGUAUUGAUAACAACAGUAUUAUAACGAAGCAUAAUUCGAAUAUCUAUUCUCAUCAAAAUCAUUUAAACCGGAGCAGCAUUGGCGGAGUCGGUCCGUCAGACGAUAUAGACGAUGAAAUUAUCGACGUUGGUCCGUCAGAUGAUAUAUACGACGAUGAAAUUGAAGAAUAUGUUGACGAUGACGUGCGUGUUCCCGAGCCACGACGUUACUCUUGUAAAACUUCGCAAAAGAAAUUGAGAGAGUUUGCAAGCAAGAAGAACUUUUUGUUUGGUCACUCUAUAGAUGUUUCUAGUGAUGAAGAUGACUUACCAAAAGCACCGAUAUAUUCAGAAAGCAACAACGAUGGGAAGCAUGAAAUAACGUAUAUUACGGGGACGAAAUCCCAACAUCAACCGGACAAUAUGCAGGUAAAGAAUGACAUGUUGCAAAGUAAAUACUCACCAACCUGUAAAAAUAACCAAGAUGAAGAUGGCAGGUAUCAAACGGAAAACAGUGUGAGAGAAAAACAGAAAGAUGUUUUAAGAAAUUCUUUCAUGGCAAAACAUUUGAGGCGUAAUUUUGACGAACUGGAACACCGGCCCGAUAUAACGUCAUAUAGCAAGAGAACUCCGCUCAAGGAGCUUGCAAAUGUUGAACUACGCAAUGACGUUGGUAAUAAUCAACCUAGUGACCAGUACCCGUCAAUGUUUACUGUAUCACAAAAACGUACUUGGCAGAGCUCUAUAUUUUCUGAUCAAGCUGAUAUUGAAAGUUAUGAUUUUUUUAAUACUGGAGAUGCUGGUGUUAGUAUGUGGGACAAGGAAUAUUGAGAAAAUUGACAGCUUGGAUUUUCUUGUGAUGUCGUUGGCUCAUUAUGUUUCGACGUGACGUCUUGAUAAUGUUGGGUUUCAGCCACCGUGAAGAAGUGUGCGUGCUCUUGUAUUGGCGCUAAUAUAAAUGUUGACAUGUCUUCAGUUUUUCAAUAUUUAUCGUUUGUUGAUAUAAAAGUUUAUUAGAGGGAGGGAGGGAGAUUGUUCUACAAUUGUCAGGAACCAGGCUACAUCGUCUCCAGGAUGAGUUUUUCAUAUGCAGCUGACCAGGCUGGCUUACUUUACGAGAAUCUUACAAUUGUUAAGAAAGUGCUCUAAAAACAGAAUGUGUUCGUCGGGAAACUUUCAUCUCGUCUUUAAAUUUCAUGUCAUCUUCAAAUUUCAUAUUAUCUUUAAGCAGACUUAGGUGCCAGGUUAGGUGGGUUAAAUUCUCACAUCAAUGGAGUUAAUGCAAAAAAAUUGUUACGGUAAAUGCUAUUACCGUAAUGAUCCGAACAAGCGCCCUGGGCGCUUAUUAAAUUUUUGAAUUUUUGGCAUGGGCGCUUAAUCAAGGGGGCGUUUAAAGUGCUGGGCGCUUAUAAAUUUUUCCUAAUUUUGUGCAAAACUGAACAAAAGAUGUAAUAACAUGAAGUUUAGUCUUUCUAGGGUUCUAUCUCAACAUAAAAAAGUAAAAUUUUUAAAUAACCUCCCAAGGUAGUUUUCGAUUAAGCGCUCCUUUUAUCAAGUGGGCACUUAUUGAAUUUUGAGGAAAUUACCUGGGCGCUUAUUUAAGAGGGGCGCUUAAAAAAUGCUGGGCGCUUAAUCGGAUCAUUACGGUAUUAUUAAACGCAAAAUAUGUUUACGAAAAUCUAAGUUAUAUACCAAUCGUAUCGUUUUUAAGUAAUUUUAUUGUUGUUAUGAAUUAUUUGAACGGAUUCGUCAAACUUGUAAAGUUAAAGGAUUUUAAACAUCGCAAAGAAGAAAAAGUUGUUAAUACUGUGUCUGGAGUUUUGUCCUGCUCGUGUCUAAGUGCGAACCUUUUUCGCGAAUGAAGCUGUCGUCACGAAUCGGUCCGUCCCUGUACUAUUGUUAAAGGUGAAGCAACUCGGUGUCUCGAAUAGUUUUCUGACCAACUACGAGCCGAACUCGAAUUUAAUUCAGAAAAAUUAACAAGAAGCUUCUGUGUGAAACAUACUAUGAGAAUACGAAAAAGAAGGAAUAUUUUUUUUACAAAAAAGUAUAGUUCAGUAGUUUUUUGUAAUCUUGAAAUUCUUCAGAAAUUUAGCACUUCCCCUUCUGUGAUCGAGGUUUAGGAAUUAUUAUAUAAUUACUAUUUUUUAAGAACUGUGAGGCUGCUUAAAAAUGGUGUAACCUUGUCUUCAGGGCUUGCUUUUGUAUUGGGUGGAGUUCCAAACAAAACCUGACAAGCCCUGGACAUGAGGUUGAAGGUGGUGUUCCUUUUAAAAAAACAAGUGUUACUUUUGAUUAAAAUAAUCGGGUCUUUAUUUUAGUCUUGGCGGUAACAUCAAGUAUAAAAAGGCAGUAUAUAUUUACAAUUGUUAAGA